AUGGAUUACAUUGUGGAACAUCCGGAUGGAGAGGAGGCCUUAGUUGGAGUUUUGUAUAUGGAAUUUCACACCCUUGGUCCACUAGUAAUGUUGGUACAUGGAGAACGAGUUACCUUUAAGAACUCGGUUUAUGAAAAUGGGAGUAACCAAAAUAGAUUGACUGGUUCGAUUCCAUCAAGUUUGAGAAACUGUACAAGCUUAUACAGAGUUAGGCUUGACGGGAACCACUUAACGGGAAAUAUAUCAGAAGCCUUUGGUAUCUACCCAAAUUUGAAUUUUAUUUCAUUAAGCAACAACAACAUUUUCGGUGAACUUUCUCCAAAUUGGGGACAAUGCCAUAAUCUAACAAACCUACAGAUCUCCAACAAUAACAUUUCUGGAAUGAUUCCGUUCGAAUUGGGACAUGCAACCCAAUUACAAGAACUUGAUCUCUCUUCGAAUCAUCUAAAUGGUGAGAUUCCUAAGGAACUGGGAAAGUUGACAACGAUGAGCCGUCUUUUUCUAAGUGGUAACCAAUUUUCUGGCAAAAUUCCAUCAGAGAUUGGACUUCUUUCAAAACUAGAACAACUUGACUUGGCAUCAAACAAUUUAAGUGGACCUAUUCCUGAUGAUCUUGGAAAUUGCUUCAAGUUAUUCAACUUGAAUUUGAGCAAGAACAACCUCGAAGCGAGCAUUCCAUCUUCAAUAAGCUACACUAAUGCUCUUCAAAGCCUAGAUUUGAGUCAGAACUCACUUAUUGGAGGUAUCCCACAACAGUUUGGAAAAUUACAGUCCUUGGAAGUAUUGAACCUUUCUCACAAUAUGCUCAACGGUUCCAUCCCAGAAGCUUUUAAUGAUUUGCGUGGUUUGAGAUUUGUGAACAUCUCUUUCAAUCAAUUUGAAGGUCCUAUUCCAAAUCUUAAGGCUUUUCAUGAGGCUUCGUUUGAUGCCUUAAGAAAUAAUAAAGGCCUAUGCGGUAAUGCCACUGGACUAAUGGCUUGUGUUCCUUCUUUCGUUGACAACCAUGGUCAUGGAAAAAGGACCAAAGUCAUCAUUUCAGUUAUGUUUCCACUCUUUGGCGGUCUACUUUUUCUAUUUUUAUUGGUUGGAAGUUUUUUUACUUUCUGCAAAAAGACUCAAACAAAAGAAUCAGAGCCAAGGGAUGAACCACAAGGAGAUAUUUUUACUGUAUUGGGAUUUAAUGGAAGAGUACUCCAUGACAGCAUUAUUGAAGCCACAGAAGAUUUUAGCUCCGACUAUUGCAUUGGUUUAGGAGGAUACGGAAGUGUUUAUAAAGCUGCAUUACCAACUGGUCAAGUGGUUGCAGUGAAGAAGCUUCACCAAUCUGAAGACAACAUUCUCAACAACAACUUGAAAGCCUUUGAAAGCGAGAUUAGUGCUUUAUUAGAAAUAAGGCACCGUAACAUUGUGCAGAUGUAUGGUUUUUGUUCACAUCCAAAGCAUUCUUUUCUGGUUUAUGAGCUCGUGGAAAGGGGAAGUUUGAGAAUGGUGUUAAGCAACAAUGAACGGGUUAAGGAGCUGGACUGGAAGAAUAGGUUAAAUGUUGUUAAAGGAUUAGCAAAUGCUUUGUCUUAUAUGCAUCGUGGCCAUUCACAACCUAUAGUUCAUCGAGACAUUUCUAGCAACAAUGUUCUCUUGGAUUUGGACUAUGAAGCUCGUGUCUCUGAUUUUGGCACUGCUAGGAUUUUAAAGCCUGACUCCUCCAACUGGACUUCACUUGCAGGAACCUACGGGUAUAUAGCUCCAGAGUUGGCUUAUACAAUGAGAGUAGAUGAGAAGUGUGAUGUCUACAGUUUUGGGGUGAUAACGAUGGAAGUUUGUUUGGGGAGGCAUCCUGGUGAUCUUAUUUCGUAUUUUUCAUCACUGGAAUCGACAUCGUCAUCGCUGUCAAAUGACCAACAGGUUUUACUGAAAGACAUAAUAGACCAACGCCUUUCACUACCAGUAGGCCAAUCUGCCGAAGACUUGGUCUGUACUAUGAAGAUAGCAUUGGCAUGCUUGAAUGGCAAUCCCCAACUUCGGCCUACCAUGCAGCAAGUUUCUCAAGCGCUUGGUCGUCAAUCCCUUCCUUUACCGAGCCCUUUCAAGUCCAUAAAAUUUGAAGAACUAUUGAGUGAUGUAGUCUGCAAUGACUAACUAAGGUGAUACAGUAUCAAACAUAUUUCUAGGUAUGGUAUGUAAAUUUUCUUUAUAUAAACUCUUUUUUAUCUCUGUUUCUUCCAAUUAUCUCUUAUUUCUCAGCUUUGUUUUGAAAAUGGUGAAGCAUUCUAAUGAUAAAGCCUUUGUUGAGAAUCAAAUGCUUACGCACUGAAUUUAGAUGUAUAGAAUGAAGUGUGUUGGAAGGGUAGCAGGAUGGCAAGUAUUUUGCUUAUGUCAUAGCUUGGAAUAGAAGAAACUGUUGCGGUUGUCGUUGUGGAUUUUAUUAUGUUUUUUA